AUGAACUAUAGCAGCUAUUCCGAGCAAAAGGUGACACAAACAACUAAUUAUACAAAACUUAAAGACAAUUCAGAACUACCUACAGAAUAUCUUCCCGAUAACAUCGUUAUAGAACAUGAGAAUAGACAGAUAUCAAUCUCCAUUUAUGGAAUACCACACGUUUCAAACAAGACACCACCAAAAGCGUUGCAGGCUAAGGGUGAAUUCGCUGAUAAGGCAAAAAGGAUAGCGUUUGUAGCAUCUCGUAUGCCGACCAGUGAUUAUGUGUGUCUGGGUAUUGGCCGAGAUGAUGUAACCCUUGUUACUUGCCUCCUAAGAGGAGAGUCGGAACCUGGAACAAGAGAACAGGAUCGAAAGAUUGAAUCAAAUACAACUAUGGCGUUGUUUAACCAUUACUUACCCAUUAUGGGCUCCAUAAUCUCGAACAAAAUUCCGCACGUUGGAGUAGGGAGGAAUGGAAAGAUGAAGACGAUUAGUAUGACUGAUGCGCUACUAAAUAACAAGUUAGAGAUCCCACAAUUACUUUACUUGCAAUUGAAAUAUCGUGAUAUAUGCAGCAACGAGAAAGCUUUGAAGGAGGCGUCACAACUGGUCCCGGGCAUUUACCGCUCUAUUGUGAUAGAAGAAUUCUUAUACAGCGCAUGGAGGCUGCAUGAAGAGAUUUAUGGACUUAUUAACUCAGGGGUUCUCAAAAAUAAACAGGAGAUAAAACUUGCAGUGGUUGUUGAUGAAUGGGUUAGGCCAGGGUUAUAUAAACUCGUGGAAAAAGAUUUCCCUAACUUGUUACAAAAGCAGAUACCACCAUUCAGAGACCACAUUAAUUACGUAGACAAGAGAUCACUAGGAAAGAGACACCUAUUUUCUGCAAUGGUCCUUUUGGUCCCUAUUAUUUUGGGAAUACCAACCUUACUAACUUGGAUUGUAGGCAAGUUUCUAAAGUUCCAAGAUGUAACAAACAUACGAGUGACUUAUCGGGAACUUGAUCCCAGUGGAAGGAUUAAGUAUCAAGACACAUCUAGAGAUUAGUAUGUACGCUCCUUAUAAUCAUUAAAAUGUAUA